AGGGAGGCGGUGAGGAAACAAGCUCCAAUCUGACGACCGCUCGAAUGUUGUUGGGCACGUCAAAAGGAGUCGGGAGGAUUUAGUGGAGGAGGCAGGUCAAAGAAGAUAGAGAGAAGGGUGUGUCCGGGGACCAAAAGAGAGAGAGAGAGGCAGUGGCGGGUGUACAUUUUGAGGACAAAGCGUCACCGCCACUUUGCGCUACGGUGCGCACUUUAGGAGACCUCUUGCUUUGCCGUCUUUUUUUUUCCCCUCCACAUGAGGACUUUUGACGCGGUUCUGCAUGCAUGCUCAUCAACUGCAGUAAUUGCAGCCCCUGCGCCGUCUUGAUCGAAACCGCCAACUCGUCGGGCGCGUUGCAGACCACAAACGACCACCAUGACCGCCGUGAACUCCCCCAGAGACAAGUACAAUGCAGUGUGGCUCAUAUUCUUCAUCCUGGGCUUGGGAACCCUCCUGCCGUGGAACUUCUUCAUGACCGCCACCAUGUACUUCACCAGCAGGCUGAAGGACCCGCCAAGCGAGCGCUCCGUCAACCGGACGGCCAACGGCACGCUGGACGGCGGCGACGCCCGCAACGUCCUGGAGUCCAAGUUCAACAACGUGAUGACCUUGUGCGCCAUGGUGCCCUUGCUCGUCUUUACCUGCCUCAACUCCUUCAUCCACCAGAGGAUCCCUCAGAAGCUGCGCAUCUCGGGCAGCCUGGCGGUCAUCCUGGUGGUCUUCCUGCUGACUGCGUUGCUGGUGAAGGUGGAGGUGGCCCCGCUGCCCUUCUUCGCCCUCACCAUGAUCAAGAUCAUCUUCAUCAACUCGUUCGGGGCGGUUCUGCAGGGCAGCCUGUUCGGACUGGCGGGGAUCCUGCCCGCCUCCUACACCACGCCCAUCAUGAGCGGCCAGGGCCUCGCCGGGACCUUCGCCGCCUUCUCCAUGAUCUGCGCCCUGGCCUCCGGCUCGGCCCUGCGGGACAGCGCCUUCGGCUACUUCAUCACGGCCUGCUUCGUUAUUCUCGUCGCCAUCAUCUCCUACCUCGUUCUGCCCAGGAUGGAGUUUUUCCGUCACUACGUGGAGAGCGGCGCAUCCGGGUCGGCCGGCGACGACGAGAACAGGAUGGACCUUCUCAAACAAGAAAAUGCCGAGAGGUUCCCUGUGGCCAGUCCGACGGAAGACCGCGGCGGAGCGGGCGUGUCUGUGCUCAAAAUAUUCCGCAAGAUCCGGGUGACGGCUCUGUCCGUGUGCUUCAUCUUCACCGUCACCAUCGGGACCUUUCCGGCCGUCACCGUCGAGGUCAAGUCCACGUUGGCCGACGAGGGCGAUUGGGAUACGUAUUUCAUCCCUGUGUCGUGUUUCCUCCUCUUCAACGUGAUGGACUGGGCUGGCCGCAGCCUGACAGCCGUCUGCAUGUGGCCCGGCAAGGACAGCCGUUGGCUCCCCGCUCUGGUGGCGGCGCGGCUGGUGUUUGUGCCGCUCUUCAUGCUGUGUAAUGUGCAGCCCCGCCACUACCUGCCCGUGCUCUUCUCGCACGACGCCUGGUACGUGGUCUUCAUGAUCGUCUUCGCCUUCUCCAACGGCUACCUGGCCAGCCUCUGCAUGUGCUUCGGACCCAAGAAAGUGUCGCAGCACGAGGCGGAGACGGCGGGGGCCGUCAUGGCCUUCUUCCUGUCCCUGGGCCUGGCGCUGGGGGCCGCCAUCUCCUUUGCCUUCCGCGCCAUCAUCUAAAAUGGCCGCCGCCACCACGGACUGAAAAGGCCGCGCGCUCUUAUCUUGGGCGAACGCCUCUGUGGAGAGACAGAGCCCCACCGUGGCGACCACAUAAGCUU